CGACCCAAUAUUCACUCCUCAGACCACAAGCUGAGCUUCGGCAGCGACUAGAACGACAUAAUCAUGAAGCUUCUGCCCGCUCUUCUCGCAUCGGCCUCGGUCUGCUCGGCCAUCAGCAUCCCAAGCUGGAGCGACAUUGUCGAUACCGUGCAAGGCCAACAGCCAUUCGCCGGCCCCGAGAAAUUCCUCAUUGAGCUGUCCGAAACCGAAAGUCGAUGGGUCACAGAAGAGGAGAAAUGGCAGCUCUUGCGCGAAGGCAAGAAGUUCUUCGACAUCACAGACCACUCCUCGGCGCUGGAGUUGGGCCUGCCGGAGAGGGCAAGAGCUGUCAAGUCGGUCAAAUUCCCAAAGAAGACGGCGUACAACGGGACUGUCUCGAAGCUGUUGGAGAAUCUGGAGAAGAAGAAUAUGAGGAAACAUCUGGAGACUUUCACAUCGUUCCACACGAGAUACUACAAGUCUGAUUAUGGUAGACAGUCUUCGGAGUGGCUGCUGGCCCAGGUGAACCAGACUCUCGGAGAUGUGGGCCAUGUCCGUCAUUUCGAACAUCCCUGGGGACAGAACAGUAUCAUUGCCACCAUCCCAGGAAAGAGCAACAAGACCGUGGUCAUCGGUGCCCACCAGGACAGCAUCAACCUAUUUCUGCCAUCCAUCUUCGCGGCGCCAGGCGCGGAUGACGAUGGUUCGGGAACUGUGACUAUUCUCGAAGCGCUUCGGGUGAUUCUCAAGGACAAGGAUAUCGCCAAGGGUAAAGCCGACAACACCUUGGAGUUCCAUUGGUAUUCCGCCGAGGAGGGUGGUCUUCUAGGUUCUCAGGCCAUUUUCAACUCUUAUGCGAGUGAAGGCCGUGACGUCAAGGCUAUGCUUCAGCAAGACAUGACGGGAUACACUCAUGGCACGCUCGAAGCCGGCGAGCCCGAGUCCGUUGGAGUGAUUACUGACUUUGUCGAUCCCGGACUUACCACUUUCAUCAAGGAAGUCGUGAGCACCUACUGCGACAUUCCUUACAUCGAAACCAAGUGCGGGUAUGCGUGUUCCGAUCACGCAUCCGCCAGCAAGGCAGGCUACCCGUCGGCCUUCGUCAUCGAGUCCGACUUCAAAUACAGCGACAAAAAGAUACACACUACUGAGGACAAAAUUGAGUACUUGGACUUUAACCAUAUGCUGCAACACGCGCGACUCACGACAGGUCUUGCAUACGAAUUGGCAUUUGCGAAGUUCGACUAAUUUCGUCAUCAUACCUGCAUUGCAUUCUCUUCCCAUCCACUGGUUCGCGUGGGAUCGGGAGAGGCGGAGGAACGCCGAGGCUUCGCGGAGUAAGGAUUAACGGGCGAAGCAAGGGGUGAGAUACCACGUCUCUGGACGCAUGCACGUGUUGUGUCGCCUCCGCGAUGAGAUUGAGUCGCUGCACAGAAGCGAGGAACCUGAUCUUGCACCACUUGUCAAUUUCAAAGUCACGCGUCGAAAGCGCCUCGUCACUUUCUUCAGGUCGCACAAAGUGGC